GGCCAAUGCCAACCAAUCGGGAGCGGGAGAGACGAGGAGUGGCAGCUCCGGCUCCGGCGGCGGAGAUCGAAACAUCUCUUUAAGCCAGUCAACCAGUCAAUCAACCAAUCAACCUCUACAUUGAUCAUUAUGUCCGUCUUUUGAGAUGUCCAGGGCCGGAUAAAGCCUUCUUUGCCUCAACCCUCUGCCCAUUCCAAUGGAUCUUUUGGGGGACCCUUUGGUUGCCCCCCCUUGGCGCACUUGACUUUCUGGUGGGGCCAAUUAGAUCUCCCAGAGGCCCUGAAGAUGGCCGGCGCCAUCGCCUCCCGGAUGAGCUUCAGCUCCUUGAAGAGAAAGCAGCCCAAGACCUUCACCGUCCGCAUCGUCACCAUGGAGGCCGAGAUGGAGUUCAACUGCGAGGUCAAAUGGAAAGGGAAGGACCUCUUUGACCUUGUCUGCCGAACACUGGGGCUCCGCGAGACAUGGUUCUUUGGGCUGCAGUACAUGAUCAAGGACACCAUGGCUUGGCUCAAAAUGGAUAAGAAGGUCUUGGACCACGAUGUCCCGAAGGAGGAGCCAGUCACGUUCCACUUCCUGGCCAAGUUUUACCCAGAGAAUGCAGAGGAGGAACUGGUCCAGGAAAUCACGCAACACUUAUUCUUUCUUCAGGUCAAGAAGCAGAUUUUAGACGAGAAGAUCUACUGUCCUCCUGAAGCCUCCGUCCUUCUCGCUUCUUACGCAGUUCAAGCCAAGUAUGGAGACUACGAUCCCAGUGUCCACAAACGUGGUUUCCUUGCUCAGGAGGAACUGCUUCCGAAACGGGUAAUAAACUUAUACCAGAUGACCCCAGAAAUGUGGGAGGAAAGGAUCACCGCUUGGUACGGUCAACAUCGAGGAAGAGCCAGGGAUGAGGCAGAAAUGGAGUACCUCAAGAUCGCCCAGGACCUCGAGAUGUACGGCGUCAACUAUUUUGCAAUUCGGAAUAAGAAAGGAACCGAGCUGCUGUUGGGAGUGGACGCCUUGGGUCUCCAUAUCUAUGACCCCGAAAACAAGCUGACCCCCAAAAUCUCCUUCCCGUGGAAUGAGAUCCGCAACGUCUCCUACAGCGAUAAGGAGUUCACCAUUAAGCCCCUGGAUAAAAAGAUUGAUGUCUUCAAGUUCAACUCCUCCAAGCUCCGGGUCAAUAAGCUGAUCCUCCAGCUCUGCAUCGGGAACCAUGACUUGUUCAUGAGGAGGAGGAAAGCAGACUCCUUGGAGGUCCAGCAGAUGAAAGCUCAGGCUCGGGAGGAGAAGGCCCGCAAGCAGAUGGAACGGCAGCGUUUGGCACGAGAGAAACAAAUGCGGGAAGAGGCCGAACGAACCCGAGAUGAGUUGGAGCGGCGGCUAUUGCAAUUAAAAGAAGAGGCGACCAUGGCUAAUGAAGCCUUAAUGCGCUCAGAGGAAACAGCAGACCUGCUGGCUGAAAAGGCCCAGAUCACCGAAGAGGAGGCAAAGCUCCUGGCCCAGAAGGCAGCUGAAGCAGAGCAGGAGAUGCAGCGGAUCAAGGCCACGGCCAUCCGGACUGAGGAAGAGAAGCGACUGAUGGAGCAGAAAGUCCUGGAGGCCGAGAUGUUGGCGCUCAAGAUGGCGGAGGAGUCUGAGCGGAGGGCAAAGGAAGCCGACCAGCUCAAGCAGGACUUGCAAGAAGCACGAGACUCAGAGCGACGAGCCAAGCAGAAGCUCCUGGAAAUCACCAACAAGUCCUCCUACACACAGGCCAUGAAUGUGAGUCCCGCCGCCGCACUGCCUGCCGAUUUGCCCUCUUAUGGACUCAUCAGCGAGAGCCUUUCCUUCGACUUCAAAGAUACGGAUAUGAAGAGAUUGUCCAUGGAAAUUGAGAAAGAGAAGGUUGAAUACAUGGAGAAAAGCAAGCACCUCCAAGAACAACUGAACGAGCUGAAGACGGAAAUUGAGGCGUUGAAGUUGAAGGAGCGAGAGACAGCGAUGGAUAUCUUGCACAACGAGAGCAACGACCGGGGCAACAGCAAGCACAACACUAUCAAGAAGCUCACCUUGCAGAGCACAAAAUCCCGAGUGGCUUUCUUCGAGGAACUCUAAAGCAAACGAGCCGGAAGAGUCGUUAAUUGACCCAAUGCCGGAAACAAAGCCGCCGUCUUUCCUUUUACCUCCUUUUUGUACUGUUUGUUAACCUUUGUAAUAACGCAUGAUGACGGCGCUCCGUUUUUUGCCACCGUUUUUCCUAUUUCUCUCUUCUUUUGGGAGGGAAUAUUAUAUAUAUAUAUCUAUAUAUAUUUGUACGAAUUGUUCCUCUUUAAGUCCUCUCCCUUGUUUUGGGGAAAUGUGAAGAAUUAUUCCUCCUCCAUGAACUUUGUUGUAUUUUAUCCCUGUUUAUUUGGACUUUAUUGCACCAGCUUGUUCAAGGAAAUGGAAAUAUGUUGUUGUUGCGACAAAUUGUUUUCUCACACUCCAAUGCAAUUGGUGCUUUUGGUGAAGUUACUUAUUUGGUCAUUUUCUAAUUGCAUUAUUAUUGUAAUUUUCCUCCGCUUGCGAUAUCAGUAUUGCAGCAGAACGAAACUAUCUUAGAAGACAUAGUCGUAGAAUAGCAAUUUUUUUUGCUAUUUUUCCAUUGUGUUAUUCUCCUUUUUCAAUCUUGCUAUUUUAGCAGAAAGAAACUACUGUACAAAAAAUAGCAAUUUCUUAUUUUCUCUUUUACAAUUGUGACAUUAUUUCAAAUAUCAGUGAUGCAGCAGAAGGAAAUUACAACAAUGAAUAGUAGUGGACCUAUCGACGGCUUUUUCUUGUCAAGAAGAAGAGACAAUCUGAUUACAUUUCAAGCACAACGCAAUUAUGGCGUCGCACGAUCAUCCCCAACCGUUCAGUGCCUUCUCCUUUUGAACUGGAUAAACCCUCUAUAAUACAGAACCCAUUUUUGUUCCAGGUUGGCGUUCAGUUUCUUAAGAAAACCAUUCUCCAUUUCUGAUUCCCCAUUCUUGUUCCAGGAAAUUGGUGUUUUAUAAAGAAAGAAAAAAAUGAUUGAGAAGGUGGAAGACGAGGAAGUAAAAUUCAGGACGGUGAGGAGGUCAAAUUUAAGAUGAUGAGAAAAUUGUAUCCAUUAAGACAAGGUAUCAAAAUUCGGGAAGACAAGUAGGAAAUAUUCGAGAAGACGAAUUAAAAUUCAGGAAGACAAAAAGGCAAUAUUCGAGAAGACGAAUCGAAAUUUGGGAAACCGAGAUUAAAUUCAGGAAGACAAGGAGGCAAAAUCUGGGAAGAUGAGAUGAAAUUUGGUAAGAUACGCAGGCAAAAUUUGGAAAACAAGGCCAAAUUUGGGAAGAUGCGGAGCUGAAAUUCAGAAAGACGAGGGAAAAUCCAGGGAGAUGAGGAUGAAAUUCGGCAAGGUGAGGAAUCAAAAUUUGGGAAGACAAGGCCAAAUUCAGGGAAACAAAGACGCAAUUUGGGAAGGCGAGUAGGCAAAAUGUGAGAAAACGGCUAUCACAUUUUUGCGUCACAGCACCCCUGAUCCAUCAUUCUUUCCUUGAGAAAGCAAUGUUCAGGAAAACUGCGAUCCCUUUUGUAAAGCAAUGCCCUCAAUGCACAAUAUUUUCCCCAAAUAAACCUUGCUUAUUUUUCUAAAUUGUGUUAUUAACAAAAUCCAGAAACUUGGGGUUUUUUUGGGGGGGGGGGGUCUUUUUAAAACAGGCCAUACAUCCCCCCCUCCCCAAUCAAACAUCUCAUUUGACUUUUCUGUGAAUUAGUGAAGACCAGAGAAAAUAAAAUAACACAGAAAAGGCCCGUUUUGUAAAACUGACAGUCAGAUGGGUGUCUGCCAAGAGAUUGAACUGAGGACACCUUUUUCUUCCCUGAAUUUUUCUGGUAUAUUUUGAUCAUUAAAGUAUAGUAUAUAAAGUAAA